GGAAAGCCCUGGUCCCUGCUGGAGUAAGACAGAAGAGACUCUGGGGGCUCAUUGCACCCAUAAAUAGUUGAUCAUCAGAUGUUGCUCGAUCCACUGUCUGAUGGGGAGAUGCCAGAGAGCUGGAAUGCCUCCUCCAACAGCCCGGAGGUGCGUGCUGCGGGCAUCAUCGUGCCGGUGGUCUUCUCCCUCAUCUUCCUUCUGGGUACAGUGGGGAAUGGGCUGGUGCUGGCUGUGCUGCUGCACAAUGGCCAGGUGAAGUACAAUACCACCAACUUGUUCAUCCUCAACCUGGCCAUGGCAGACCUCUGCUUCAUCAUCUGCUGCGUCCCCUUCCAAGCCACCAUCUACACACUGGACGGGUGGCUCUUUGGCUCCUUUGCCUGCAAGGCUGUGCACUUCUUCAUCUACCUCACUAUGUACGCCAGCAGCUUCACCCUGGCAGCCGUCUCUGUUGACAGGUACCUGGCCAUUCGCUACCCACUGAAAUCCCGGGAUCUCCGGACCUCCUGGAAUGCAGCGGUUGCCAUCAUAGUGAUCUGGACCCUGUCACUGCUCUUUGCAGGGCCCUACCUCAGCUACUACCAGAUUGUCCACUACCACGGGGUGCCCAUCUGUGUUCCCAUCUGGGAGGACCAACGCCGGAAGAUCCUGGACAUCCUCACCUUUGUGUUUGGGUACCUCCUGCCCGUGGUUGUCGUGAGCCUGGCUUAUGCCAGGACCAUCAAGUUCCUGUGGACCUCCGUAGACCCCAUCGAGAGAAUCUCAGAGUCCCGUAAGGCCAAGUGCAAGGUCACCAAGAUGAUUGUGGCUGUGGCCAUAAUCUUCUGCCUCUGCUGGCUGCCCCACCACCUGGUCAUCCUAUGCUUUUGGUUUGGCUACUUCCCCUUCAACCGAGCCACCUAUGCCUGCCGCCUGGCCUCCCACUGCCUGUCGUAUGCCAACUCCUGCCUCAACCCCAUCGUCUAUGCCCUCAUCUCUAAGCAUUUCCGCAAGAAGUUCAAGCAAGUCUUCACUUGCCUCCUCUUUCAGAACAAGAGCCGGAAGAAGAAGAGAGCUGGCAAUAAAGUCCACGUAACCAAUGUGGCCAACAAUGCUGCAGGUGUGUAUGGAGGUAACACUGAGGUCACCCAGAUCCAGGAGGAAAAUGCCAGGUGCUGCCAGGGCCCGCUGCGGAAAGGCACUGAAGACACCCAUCUCCCUGAGGCAUGGACUCAUCAGCUACAGGACGCCACUGUCUCUGCUCAGAGAGCACUGCUGGCUGAAGAAAGUUCUGUAACAACUGGCAACCCACUGGCUGUGACCUCACCAGGGAGACCUCAGGGCCUGCUGACGAUCCACUGAUAAUAUAAAGCAAGAGGAGAAAUGCAUAAUCCAGUGAGGGAGUCACCCUUCCACCCCUGAGUAUGCAAGCAGAUGGAACGAUGUAGCCACUGGGAAAUUGCACUGCAGUGAUGGCUAAUCUUAACAGUGUCAGCUGUGGCUUCUUUAUGAUUGUUCCACCCCUACCCACUUGCCUGUACCAUUCUUGUGGGAGCAGUGGAAUCCAUCAAUGGAAAUUCAGAAAAUAGGAGCAUGCUAACAUAAAAAUGAGAGACAUGGAGAACUAGACACAGCAUGAUCACUGGGGAAAGGACUGGACUCCCACUGCCUAUAUUGAAAGUGUGUGGCGAGGAGAAGGGGAUGGAGUUUUACCACCAUGUACAAUAUGACACCACACAAUUAACUGUGUGAUCCAGUGUAAGGCACUGCCCACAUGUUGGGGUUCAAGGAUCUGAACUUCCCUCUUGAGAUUAACCAGAUUAACUAGCCCCUUGAUAAGCCCUGUGUGUGUGUCUAUUGCUCACAGUCACCCAGGGGGUAUUCCCCCUACACAUUUAGGCCUACAUUUUCAACAGUGCCCACUAAUUUUGCAUGGCAUCUUGGGUACUGGAAAAUUGAGAUGAGCAAAAUUGACGUACCCUGUUUGAAAACAUAGGCUAUAGUGUGGGUAUCAGAAUGCUGAGGGGAGUGGUUGGAAGAAUGUGUGUAGCUAUGUGUGAAGAGAGUUAGUCAUUUUGUUUGAACUAGGGAUGGGAAUAGGAUCUCUGUGUGUGUAUGUGAGAGUGGGGCAGUUCAAAACCUCCGUCACUGGAAAAACUGGGGCAAUGUCUCUAACGUCCCAAGCAGCGGAAUUCUGUUCCCCGCCUGUGUGUCUUCUCCUCUCUAGUAAUUCCCAGCAGGUUUAGGCCAUGCUCCAGUGCUAAUCCUCCACCCCCAGCUACUCCUCUCUGUAUCAGAGGGGGCCUUGUUUGCAAUCCUAGCCCCAAACCCCAAUUGCAAGGAAGUCAGCAACUCAUAUUAAUAGCUUAUUAUACUAAUUUUACCACCAUCACUAUUAUUAAAAUGAGUAUAUAGCAAGUAAAAAAUGGAAAACCUGGUAUUAUUACAUCUCAGUGUCCCCUCCCAUGCAUGCUGAUAGACUCAUAGAAGCUCAAGAUGGAAAAGCUCUGUUAGUUUAUUAAGUCGGUCUCUUCCCUCCACCCUAGCAAAGCAGGAUUAUUCCCUACGGGACACUUCCUAGUGCUUUGUCCACUCUAGCUUUGCAUGUCCCAAGCAAUGGAGCUUCCACCACUUCUCCUGGGACUCUUCCUAAGACUAAUACAUCUUUCCAUCAGUGUAUCCUGAUAUUUGUCUUUGGUUCCUUUCCAAACUCAUCCCAUUAUUCCUAGCUACACCCCUUUGUUCCACCCUAAAUAAUCCCUCUCCUUCCUUGGUGUUUACACCAUUCAAAUAGCUAAGAGUCUAUUGUGUUCCGCUCCCCUGGAUUGCUGUAUAGCUAAGCUAUAUGUAAUUUAAUUAUUUCAAUAUCCUCAUAUAAAUAAUUCCCUCCAGGCCUUCUCUGACCUGCAUCCAAUCUGUCAAUAUCUCACAGGUACUGUGAGUCCCAGAAUUCAAUGCAAUGUUCCAGGUUGGAUCUUGCCAGUGCCUGACAUGUCAGAUGUUUCUUUGGUGUAACUAUAACUGUGAUCAAAUUUGUGGAUGACACCACAAUAGGAGUAGUCAACACCGGAGGACUUAACCAGGUUGCAAAGUCAGCUGGUGAGACGAGGCUACAGGCAUCAAAGGGCGACUUGGUCCUGACCAGCCUCUGGGGAGAAGAAAGCAAGCAACUGCACCCAUGGCAGCAAAGCAGGUUAAGUUUAAUCUUUACUCCUCACUACUGUCCUAAUGCUUCUUCGUCUUCAUGGAAAUCUCGAUUGGCUGCAAGGCGGGUAUGGGAACAGGAUUGGUUAGUGGGGUGGAAUCAUGGGGAAGAUCUGGCUUAAGAAAUGGGCCCCUUUGUUUGAUAACCACUGGCACUGUAUCCAAAGUUAGAGCUGUUCCAUUGCAUGAGUCCCCUGGCUUCAGGGCAGCCACCCUGGAACCCUCCCUUGUUCCUGCAACUGUUCCCCUGCAUUCCCACCUAGUCCUGCAGUCUCAAUGGAAUGUUUCAUUAAGGUAGCUGGACCACUCCCAUUUAUACAACACUGUCUAGCCCCUGACAAGAGAGUGGCUGACGUCCCCCAGUGCUGACCCCAUGGGGGAGAACACACUGCGGGUGGGAUGUAACCUGCAGGGUUUGGGGCAAAGGGGAUUGUUGCUUUUGAGGAGCUGCUGGGAUUUCUCUCCUGUGUGAGAUUAAUAAAUCUUGGUGAGUUUC